GAAAUGUGAACGGUUUUUAUUGGCUUAAAUUUCAUCCAAUAGCUUUCUUAGUUUGAUUAUGAUGUCACAAUUUACGUAUUUGGUGCCAGACUCUCAAUCCGCGCCUAAACAAUGGCUAAUUGAAGAAUGAUGAGGUCAUAAAUUAGUAGCUCAUUCUUUCAAAGCAAACGCAUUCUCGCGUUAUUUAGGAUAAAAAUGUCAAAAUGAUUUUUUCUCUUGUUUGUGUUAUUUUAACGCGAUUGUUGUUCUGUCUUCAUGUCUUUGUAUCUGUUGGUUUGUUGGUCUACCAUUCCAAGCAGCCUCUAUUUUGGGGCUUUUUGUCGGGAAUUAUCUUCAUCAUUGUUGAAAUGCUGCAUGUGAUUCUGAAACGGAAGGGAAAYGAAUACAAAUUUUUUUGGCCAAGUUGCUUUCUGUACUUGUCUGCCAUGCUGCCUGUCAUCUGGGUCAUGGAGCUUGAUCUACUACAACAUCGACUGGAUGAGCGUGAUCAGCUUUUUUCUCGACUGAACAAUCCUUCAGCUCCUCCAAUAACUAUAAAAGGGCUUGACAUCAGAGCCGUCUUUGACGACAAUAUUGCUGCGAAGAAGGUCGCUGAGCUUGGUGUCGUUAUUUUGAUCAUUCUUGGGCGUUGGCUUCUUCCUCGGGGGCAGCUGACACGUGACCAACUCUCUACCUUGUUGCUAGGAUACAUUGGAAUGGGUGCAGAUAUUCUAGAUUUAUUCAGUUCGCUUUCUCAUGAUGGAGUUGCCUAUAAUAUCAACAUGCAUUACAUUACACUGGCUGUGUUCAGCUGGAGUAUGCUUCAGUUCUGUAUAACAGCAAGAGUGACGGCUGGAUSUGAUGAAACGGCUAAUAAUAUUGAUCGGCCUGGGACCAGCUCUCCAACUAAUGUAGAAGACGGACCAUGUAACCUAGAGACGAAGGCUUCAAUCAGAAGCACCAGUAGAAGAUUUCGACUUGACGCUGACCUUCUUCAAAUCUUAGUUCCAGUGUUCAUGCAAGAUGGACCAUUCCUGGCCCUUCGUCUUGUCAUGAUAUUGAAGUUCCACGUAGCAGACGAAGUCCUUAUUUACUUCACUGGAAAAAACGCCCUCACCCUCACACUGCUCCUGUAUCGUUUGUACUGCCUGAAGACYAAAGAACGUGUUGAUCCUGAUCGAACAUCCCGCUCGGAAGUCAAACUAGAUACUGUACUCAUGGCUAAAGYAGUUUCAAAGAACGCUGGCGACGCAAACCAGGAAACGAACCAGGAAUUAAACCUGGACACAAACCAGGAAAUACCUGGACAUUCAUCAAUGAGUCCUUCUUUCAACAAAUAAAUGCCAAAAGUGGCUGUGUAAAUUGACUGCCUUAGCGGGGUAUAAAGAAGAAAAAAAUUGUUUUCUGUGUAUGAAUUGUAUGAUGUACUCAAUUACAACAUGAAUCAGUAACACGAAUGUCUUCUACAAUACGUUGUUUUAUCAGGGAUUUUUUAGGGAAGGGCGCAGGUCUGCAAUGCGGAAGUAGUCUUCUUCCUGCUCAUGUGUGAAGGGUGAGCGAUGUAUUGGAAUUCAGUGUAGGGCGGUGUUAGAGACUCAAUCAUUUUACUCAUAAUGCCAAGUGUUUUUCUUCAAUUGAUCAUAGAGUGACAACAAUGUAUAUCUGUUGUAUAGCAUAGUACCAAUUUAAAAUCGACCAAUGACACUCAUCAAAUGGAAAUGUCUCGCACUGUGACGUAACAAUCUGAUAUCACGUGACGUUAGAGCAUUUCAGUAAAACCUGCCAAACAUUAGAAUCUGAAAAAAAUGGAAGACAUAUAUAAGGUAAAACGAACUAACGAAUGCUAGUAUUAGUGAGAUCAAAUUUACAAUAAAAUAAUUUCCAUGGCAAUUAAUUCAUAACUGGUG